UAUACAUAUAUACGAGUUUUGGGCAAUAUUAAAGAGUACGGUAGUUUACAGUUAUACUUAACGUUAUAAGAGUGUAGGCUUAAUUAUUAUUUGUUUCUGUAAACUAAAGUGUAGUUAGUGUAAAUAAAAUAUUGUAAUUAAGCAAUAGCUUUUUAAACCUUGACAUUUAAAAUUGAAAACACAGUGGUGUAAAAUGCCACCAAUUCAAAUUAAACAUAUCGUUUCUUUCAGCAGUGAAGAUAAGGUUCACAAAGCUGAAAACCUCAUAAAACCAGAAACUUACAGAAAGUGGAAAUGUGCAUCACCUGGUGAAAACCAAGCUUCUGUUGUGGUUCAGUUUGAGAAAGCUAGUGAAAUUUGUUCUAUUGACAUUGGAAAUGAAGGUUCAGCUUUUGUAGAAAUCUUAGUACAACGGUCAUCUGAUCCUUCCCAAGAAUUUCAGGUUUUACUUGUUGCUUCUUCGUUCAUGACUCCAUUAGAAAGUCGUCAGGGGACAAAUCUUAAUCGUGUUAGAAUGUUUGGACCAGAAAAACUGUCACUGUGUACUUCCAACCAGAAGUGGGACAUAGCAAAAAUUGUUUGCACUCAACCUUUCAACAAGAACACUCAGUUUGGAAUUUCCUUUAUCAAAUUUCACUCACCACCUGAUUUAGCAACAACAUCAGAAGAUGAAGUGUCUGGGGAAUUGCAAAUACAGCCUAAGAAGAUUGGAGCUUUUAUGCUUAAACCAUCAGAAACAAGUGAAAAUGAUCUGUCGGUUGGUAGUUGGUUUGCUAAGAGGAAAGAGAAAAAAGAACCUGACCCAGAAACAGGUCCUGCAGCAAUUAGAGAAGCUUCUUCUCUUGCAGCAGCUGUUCCAUCUCCUUCAGCUUCAAAUUCCAGUUCAUAUAAACCUUCAAAACAAAAAAAUACUGGAAGAGGAGGCAAUGGUGCAAGUCCUUCAGAGUUCAUAAAGCAAAAACUCCUAGCCAGUACAAAGCAGUCUAGUGCAGAAAAAUAUAAUAGAGAAUCAUACACAAAAGAGAAAACUACAAGCAGUCCAAGGCCAAGUGAACAAAAAUGUACUGGUAAAGAAUCUCGCAAGAACAUUGUAAAGAGAAAAAGAAAACAAUCUGCUGAAAAUGAAGAAACACCCUCAAAUAAAGUUCAGAGAGAGGCAAAGGGAUUUCACAAGGUGAAGGAAGGGCCUUUUAACCAGUUGAUGAAGAAGGUUGUUUUUGUAUUAAGUGGCUUUCAAAAUCCAUUUCGAAGUGAGUUGCGAGAUAAAGCCUGUGCCAUGGGUGCUAGGUACAAAGGAGACUGGAAUGACUCUUGUACUCACCUAGUUUGUGCCUUUGUUAAUACUCCAAAAUAUACCCAGGUACUCUCAAAAGGUGGUAGAAUAGUUACCAAACACUGGAUCCUCGACUGUCACAAGAAAUCCAAACUUUUACCUUGGAGAGAUUACAAGUUGGGAAAUUAUUCUAAAGAGAACACAACAGAAGAAGAUUCUGGAAGUGAGGAAGACAAAAACACUAUUGUACAAAAAAAUUUGGUGGAUAAAUACGAUAAAGGAUCUGAUGUGGAGUCUGUAGAUACAGAAGUAGAUACAGAAGAUGAAAUAAAAAGAGUACAAGAAGGGAAAGAUACAGAGUCAAUUUAUGAAGAAGAUACUGAUAUUGAUGAAGAUGGAGGUUUGGAAGAUAUAAAACCAGAUACUUCACACUUACCCUUGCCUCACAUACCAGAUUUCUUCAAAAAUAAAGUUUUUUUUCUUUAUGGAGAAUUUUCUACAGAAGAGCGACGAAUUCUUCUUAGGUAUAUUAAAGGACAUUGUGGGUCAAUUGAAGAAUACAUGAGUGACAAUGUCCAGUACGUGGUAACUCUAGCCCAGUGGGAUAAAAACUUUGAUGAGGCACUUGAAGAAAACAGUAAUUUAGUAUUUGUUCGCCCACGGUGGAUUUACUUAUGUAAUGAGAAAGGAAAGAUGAUGCCUUACCAGCCCUAUGUUGUAGCCCCAAAUCUAGGAUGAAAUCUUAUGCAAACAAACUGAGUUUUGAUGAAUCCAAGCAAGCUGAUUGGAAUGAGGGAAACAAUUAACAACGUAAUCAGCCUUCUGUUUGAAUAAUAACUAGAGCUUUUGUUAAAGAACACGUGUCAAGCUAGAACGAUGUAAUAUAUAGAAAUGUAUUUAUCUUCAAACAACAUAGCGGAUGAUGUACGUGAAAGUAAUUUUAUUUUAUGCGACUUUUAACUUCUUUGCGUAAUUAACUUUUAUGAUAGCAUUAUAUGAUAAAGCACCGAAAAAUUCUAAAUUAUUCAUAGUGGAUUAUUAAACCAUGUCUAACAGAGACAAAUGUUGCCUUUUACAGUAAUUUGAACUGAUUUUCGGUUGUAAUCUUGAUUAUUUAGAUAUGGCAAUAUCUUGUGU